AUGGCUGCUCCUGUCGUUGAAGAGAACGAAUUAUCAAGCAAGAUCCCUGGGACCGUUCACCUCGUUGAUCUGCAUCACACUCUUCACACUCGACAUGCUGAAGGAGGGGAUAUUGUUCUCGAUCCCACACCUUCAAACGAUCCAAACGAUCCACUUAACUGGACGCCGAGAAGGAAGCUCCUCUCUAGUCUUUGUGCCAAUCUGUAUACAUGGUUCACGGGCGUUGCCGUUUCGACGGUAUAUUCGGUUCUCGUACCUAUCUCGAAAGCUACUGGUGUCAACGUUACAACCUUGAAUCAGGGUACAGGCUACAUGUUUCUGUUUCUGGGCUGGAGUCUGCUUUUCUGGCAGCCGUUCGCGCUCAGGUACGGCAAGCGCCCAACUUUUCUCAUCUCGGUCUUGGGAGCUAUCGGGACUAGCUUGUGGAGCCCUUAUGUCCGCAGUGACGGAGAGUGGAUUGCACGAUGCAUCGUUAUGGGCUUCUUUAUUGCGCCCAUCGAAGCACUACCAGAGAUAUCCGUCACGGAUGUAUACUUCACUCAUCAACGUGGUACCUGGAUGGGCGUUUACGCCUUCAGCCUUGCUGGUAGUAAUUACUUUACCCCUGUAAUCUGUGGUUUCAUCGCAGACAAGCAGGGUUGGGCGUGGGUAUUCUACUGGGCAGCCACAUUCAACGGCGCCACCUUCAUCUUCCUGUUCCUCUUCCAAGAAGAGACGAAUUACACACGCAAGACGGUCGGCAUCGUUGAGGAUGCCUCACCUUCGCCAGGCGACAGUGGCAUCAUCUCAACGGAUCCAGAGAAGAGUCCGAACUUUGCACGCGCACAAGUAACUCGAUCAAGGAUCCAGGAAGGCGAAGUUCAUAGCAACGAGAAGUCUUUUGUCCAAAAGCUUUCCGUGUGGACCCCGACUCCUGGUCCGAACAUGUUUCAGCGCGCUUUGCAGAGUCUCAAAUACCUCUCGUGGCCAGUCAUUUUCUACGGCGGCUUCUCUUACGGGUCCGGCUUGAUCUGGUUCAACAUCACCAACGCUACCGCAUCAGUCAUUCUGUCCGGCCCGCCCUAUAACUUCACGUCUUCAAUGGUCGGCCUCAGCUACCUUUCAUGCUGUAUCGGCGUGAUUGUCGGCAGCUUCAUCUCAGGAAGACUGAGUGACUGGUUGACCAUCAAGCUCGCAAGGCGAAACAAUGGCUUCAUGGAGGCCGAGCAUCGCCUGUGGCCAUUUGUUCUCUGCGUUAUCCUGAUCCCUUGUGCAUCAAUUCUCUGGGGCGUCGGGGCUUCCUAUUCAAUCCACUGGAUUGGCCUUGUGGUUGCGAUGGGUAUAUUGGCUUUAACCACGACCAUGGGUGUGUCGUUGAGUGUCAAUUAUCUCAUUGACAGCUAUCACGACAUCAGUACAGACGCUCUUGUGACGGUGAUUCUGGUCCGCAACACGAUGUCUUUUGCGGUUAGUUAUGGCAUUACUCCGUGGGUGAAUAAUCUUGGGGUCCGGAACUGCUUCAUCUCCACCGCCUUUAUUAGAAUGACUACCUCAUCGAUAUUCUUCUUGAUGAUUUGGCGCGGAAAGAAACUCCGGGCUCGAAGCGCGACCGACUAUUGGAAGCUCGUCGAGACUGCUCGUGAGAGCGCCUCAGCUUUGAAGUGA